AUGCCUCGGGGGCAGAAGAGUAAACUCCGUGCCCGUGAGAAACGCCGUCAGGCCCAGAUUGAGACUCAGCGUCUCCAGGAUGCUCAGGCCACUGAAGCAGAGGAAGGGUCCCCUUCCUCCCCCUCUCCUUCUUUUGGUGGUAGUCCCAAGAGCUCCCCUUCUGCUGGGUCAGGUAGCAAAUCCCAGAGGUCUCAGAGGGCCCCACCCACAACCAAUACUUCUGCAGGUGUUUCAUGCACAAGGUCUGAUGAAGGUGCCAAGAACCAAGAUGAGGAAAGACCAAGCACCUCCCAGGCAUCAGCCAGCACUGAUGAUCCUCGCAGAACCCCUCUAGAUCAGAAGGCAAUUUUAUUGGUGGAAUUCCUGCUGCGCAAGUAUAACAUGAGGGAUCCCAUAACAAAACAAGAUAUGAUGAGGCAGGUCAUCAAAAAGCACAAAGCACACUUCCAUGUGAUCCUCAAGAAAGCUUCUGAGCUAAUGAUGCUGGCCUUUGGAAUUGAUGUGAAGGAAGUUGAUCCUAUUAGGCACCGCUAUGUCCUUGUCAGCAAAUUGCAGCGCACCUCUGAUGACAGGCUGAGGGGUGAGAAGAUCAUGCCCAAGACCGGCCUCCUGAUGACUAUCCUCUGUGUGAUCUUCAUGAAGGCCAACUGUGCUGCGGAAGAGGAUAUCUGGGAAGUACUUAAUGUGAUGGGGAUAUAUGCUGACAAGAAGCACUACAUCUAUGGGGAUGCCAAUAAGCUCAUCACUGAAGAUUUCGUGCAAGAAAGGUACCUGGAGUACCGGCAGGUGCCCAACAGCGAUCCUCCACGCUAUGCAUUCCUGUGGGGUCCAAGAGCCCAUGCUGAAACCAGCAAGAUGAAAGUCCUGGAAUUUUUGGCCAAGCUUCAUGAUACCGUCCCUAGUGCCUUCCCAGCCUGGUAUGAAGAAGCUUUGCGAGAUGAGGAAGAGAGAGCCCGAGCCAGAUUUGCAUCUUUGCUUCGUAUUGGUACCACGGCUACUGUGCCUUCCGGGGUCAAUCUUGGCAGCUUGUCCCAGCUGUAG